AUGCUGCGCGCAGGAGGCAGGCGGCUCCUCGCCCCGGGGCUCCGGCGGCUCGGCCUGGGCACCGGCGCCGCCGGCCAGGCGGGCCCGGCCGCCGCGGCGGCGAGGGUGAGGGCGUACCACGAGCGGGUGGUGGACCACUACAACAACCCGCGGAACGUCGGUUCCUUCGACAAGGAGGACCCCAACGUCGGCACUGGGCUGGUCGGCGCGCCGGCCUGCGGGGACGUCAUGAAGAUGCAGAUCCGCGUCGACGAGGAGUCCGGCAAGAUCGUCGACGCCUGCUUCAAGACCUUUGGCUGCGGCUCCGCCAUCGCGUCCUCGUCCGUAGCUACUGAAUGGGUCAAGGGAAAACCAAUGGAUGAAGUUUUGACAAUCAAGAACACUGAGAUUGCGAAGCACUUGUCCCUUCCACCAGUAAAGCUCCAUUGCAGCAUGCUUGCCGAGGAUGCGAUUAAAGCUGCUGUGAAAGACUACGAAGCCAAGAAGGCGAAGCUGGGGCAAAAGGGUGAAGACAGUCCUUCAGAGAAGGCUGCUGAAGCAUGA